AUGUUUUUGCAAACACCAUCUACAAAUAUGAAAUCACAGAAGGAACUUAGCUGGCUGGCCAUUUUCCUCACCUUUUUUGCGUACUUUGGAUCGGCCCAAGAUGAUGCCGACUACUGCGCCGAGCUUUCGACACAGUCACUGGCCAAGAUUCUGGGUCAGGCAUUCAAUCCUCGCUACAUGAGCAUCGAUCCGCCCGGCGAGCCCGAGGAGAAAAGCUACCAGUUGGGCUACAAGCGAUCGUCGUACGAGCUGCCAUUCUAUGCCGACGGUGAGGCGAUUUCGGUUAGCCACUUUCCCGCCUGGGAGACCAACCACUUUGCGUUGGUGGAAAAGAAGGAACCGGCGCGGAGCAAGAGCCUGCGAACCAGGAGCGCAUUCAUGGAUCGAGUGGGUCACCAUCCGAGAAUCGAUGGCUUCAAACAGCGACCCUGGGAAUGCUCCUCCAGGAUCAACUGGAUCGACUUAGGCUUAAAUUACUUUCCACGCUAUAUCCGUUCCAUCGAGUGUAUUGCCAGAAAAUGUUGGUAUGAUCACUUUAAUUGCAAGCCAAAAUCAUUUACAAUAAAGGUACUGCGCCGUAAGGCUGGCUCAUGCAUUCGAAUAAACGAUAAAUUGAUUUUGAUCACCGCUGAGAAAUUUGAGAAUGAUUACACGCAGCUCUGGAUUUGGGAAGAAAUAGCGGUUAACUUUUGCUGUGAAUGUGUUAUGCUAUACUAAAAUAGCGCCAUUUAAUCAUGAUUUUAAUUAAUAUACA